AUGGCCUUUCCAAGAUCCAUGUGGCUGAACUGUGUAUGGAGAGCGCUGAUAGCCCGCCUGCUACACAUGGGAUUGAAUGCCACUUUUGCUUUCUCUAUACUUGGAUUUUUGCUUCACGCUGCAGCUGUGUCCUCCCAAAAAUUGGAUGAUACCAACCCAGUGGUGACCACCAACUUUGGCAAGAUAAGAGGGAUUAAGAAGGAACUAAAUAAUGAAAUUUUGGGGCCUGUUAUUCAGUUUCUCGGGGUUCCGUAUGCUGCCCCUCCAACAGGGGAGCGCCGCUUUCAACCUCCUGAGCCUCCGUCUCCCUGGGCAGAUAUCAAAAAUACCACUCAGUUUGCUCCAGUGUGUCCCCAGAACAUUAUAGAAGGCAGGUUGCCUGAAGUCAUGCUUCCCGUGUGGUUUACUAAUAACUUGGAUGUAGUUUCCACCUAUGUACAAGAUCAGAAUGAAGACUGCCUCUAUUUAAAUAUCUAUGUCCCAACCGAGGAUGUCAAAAGAAUAUCCAAGGAAUGUGCCAGAAAACCCGGCAAGAAAAUUUGUAGAAAAGGAGGUCCCCUUACAAAGAAACAGACAGAUGAUUUAGGUGAUAAUGACGGUGCUGAAGAUGAAGACAUUCGGGACAGUGGGGGACCUAAGCCUGUGAUGGUGUAUAUACAUGGAGGGUCCUACAUGGAAGGCACUGGAAAUUUGUAUGAUGGCAGUGUUCUAGCAAGUUAUGGGAAUGUGAUAGUCAUCACAGUCAACUACCGCCUUGGGGUACUUGGAUUUUUGAGCACUGGGGACCAAGCAGCAAAAGGAAACUAUGGCCUCCUUGAUCUAAUUCAAGCUUUGCGAUGGACUAGUGAAAAUAUUGGGUUCUUUGGUGGUGACCCGUUAAGAAUAACUGUUUUUGGAUCUGGUGCAGGCGGUUCAUGCGUCAAUCUGUUGACUUUAUCCCAUUAUUCUGAAGGUAACCGUUGGAGCAAUUCAACCAAAGGACUUUUUCAAAGAGCAAUAGCUCAAAGUGGAACAGCACUGUCCAGCUGGGCGGUUAGUUUUCAGCCUGCAAAAUAUGCCAGGAUGCUGGCUACAAAAGUUGGUUGCAACAUGUCGGACACUGUAGAACUGGUAGAAUGUCUACAGAAGAAGCCUUAUAGAGAACUCGUUGACCAGGACAUUCAACCAGCUAGAUACCAUAUAGCCUUUGGACCAGUAAUUGAUGGCGAUGUGAUACCCGAUGAUCCUCAGAUAUUGAUGGAACAAGGAGAAUUCCUCAAUUACGACAUCAUGCUGGGAGUUAAUCAAGGCGAAGGGUUAAAAUUUGUUGAAAACAUUGUGGAUAGUGAAGAUGGCAUCUCAGCUAGCGAUUUUGACUUUGCAGUUUCUAAUUUUGUCGAUAACUUGUACGGAUACCCUGAAGGCAAAGAUAUAUUGAGGGAAACUAUUAAAUUUAUGUACACCGACUGGGCAGAUCGACACAAUCCUGAGACCAGAAGGAAAACACUGCUGGCUUUGUUUACUGAUCACCAAUGGGUUGCACCAGCAGUGGCCACAGCAGAUCUUCACUCGAAUUUUGGAUCGCCUACAUACUUCUAUGCCUUUUACCAUCAUUGCCAGACAGAUCAGGUACCUGCGUGGGCAGAUGCAGCCCAUGGAGAUGAGGUUCCUUACGUACUGGGAAUCCCCAUGAUUGGUCCUACUGAAUUAUUUCCUUGUAAUUUCUCCAAAAAUGAUGUCAUGCUAAGUGCAGUAGUGAUGACAUACUGGACAAACUUCGCAAAAACUGGUGACCCAAAUCAGCCCGUGCCACAAGAUACAAAAUUCAUCCAUACAAAACCAAAUCGUUUUGAAGAAGUAGCAUGGACCAGAUAUUCUCAGAAAGACCAACUGUAUCUUCACAUUGGAUUAAAACCACGAGUUAAAGAACAUUAUAGGGCCAAUAAAGUGAACCUUUGGUUGGAACUGGUACCUCAUCUGCACAAUCUUAACGACAUUUCACAGUAUACCUCUACCACAACUAAAGUGCCAUCAACAGAUAAUACUUUCAGACCAACAAGGAAAAAUUCAGUUUCUGUUACUUCAGCCUUUCCUACAGCCAAACAAGAUGAUCCCAAACAGCAACCAAGCCCAUUUUCAGUGGAUCAAAGAGAUUAUUCAACAGAAUUGAGCGUUACUAUUGCAGUUGGUGCAUCUUUACUCUUCCUGAACAUUUUGGCCUUUGCAGCACUGUACUACAAAAAGGACAAGCGGAGACAUGAUGUUCAUAGGAGAUGUAGCCCACAACGUACUACUACCAAUGAUCUCACCCAUGCACAAGAAGAGGAGAUAAUGUCCCUCCAAAUGAAGCACACUGACUUGGAUCAUGAAUGUGAGUCCAUCCAUCCACAUGAGGUGGUUCUCAGGACCGCCUGUCCCCCAGACUACACGCUAGCUAUGAGAAGGUCUCCUGAUGAUAUUCCCUUAAUGACGCCCAACACCAUCACAAUGAUUCCCAACACUAUACCAGGGAUUCAGCCCUUACACACAUUCAAUACAUUUACCGGAGGACAGAACAAUACUCUGCCCCAUCCUCAUCCCCACCCCCAUUCACACUCAACAACCAGGGUAUAGCCAGACAAGAUGAAACAAACUUUAUUUUUUGAUGGAUUACAGUAGGUGGUAUUACUGAAGAUUACUUGGCUUUCAACCUACAAGACUCUUACUAUUUAAAUAUGGAGGAAUAUUAUGUGAAUAUACAUAUCAAGAACUUUUGGGGUUUUGAAAAAAAAAAUGAAUUGUACAUAUAUCAAAUGAACUUAAGAAACAAAAACAAACAAAAAACCACCCAACUGUUGGCAGUUGCUUGAAACAGUUGUCCUGAAUGAUACUUUUUCAUUCACAUUCAAGUAUUAAUUUUCUGAAGAUUUAAGUUACAUAAUGGAAUUAGGCAUGUGCAACACAAACAGGAAAGAACAAAGACUGAAAAUUUUAAAAACCUAUAAAUAUGCACAAGGGACACACUAAUGGAAUGUCAGAUAACUUUCACCAAUUUUUAUUUGGACCUGUUUUAUUGUGUAGACCAUAUUUACAUAUUUGAAUAAGUACACAAAGCACCAAUGCUGUUAAGGCCUUAGGAAGGGGCUCAUGCUGAGAUCUGCCAGUCAGACAAAGAAGUUUUACAGCCUGGCAGGUACAAGAUUAUCACUUAAGUGCUGUCAGUGUAAAAGUUGUGGGAAUAAAAGAAACUGGUUAUUUUUAGCACGAUGUGCAUGAUAAUUUAUAUGCUUGGUGGCUGUGCUGCUGAUUAAGCCGUAAUUAAAAUUCUUCUCAUCCCAUUGGAGUUUUAAUAGAAGCGUUCUCCAUCAAUUGGCACAACCUAAGGAAGUUUUUUAAAGGGGCAAAAGUAAUUACAGUGAAAUAUUUCAUAGUAAUUUCAGUAAAAGAAGGAAUUGCAACAGUUCUAAGAGGUAUUUUUGGAAUUCUAGGUAUGCGGUGGUGAAAACUCACUGAUUUGAAUCCCAGAAAAAAAUCUAUUUUAUUAAUGUUGUCUUCCCUUUUCACCUAAAUAGUGUCUAACAUUAACAUAAUUGUAACUCUAAUGGAAACUCCUGUGGUAAAGGAUUUAUAAUUUUCUGUGACUUAAUUACAAUAUAUUUAGUUCAAAUUGGUGAGGUAAAGUGUGUCCAAAGAUUGAAUUGCAAUGAUGUUUUGCGGUAUAAAAACGCCCCAAUAUCACCACUCUGAUUACAUCUCUCAGUUUAUGGUUUGAACUCAUGUUGCAUGUUACAGAGUUUACUUACGAUACUUUAAUAUAAAGUUAAUUCCCUUUUUGCUAUACAUUAGCCAUUUAAAUGAAUUCUGUAGAUCAGAAG